UUAAUCCAAUAUUCCUCGUAAAUGUAGUCAACAAAGCUGUAGAUAAUACCGCCUUAAUUCUUGUCAACAGUUUCAAAUGAAUACUGGUAAUGACACUAUUAGGUCGCAGGAGCCUCCUGGGUACAUGGUACAGUGCUUAAAGCGUUAUAAAUGGAUUGGUCUAGUAUCAGCCUUAGUGGAUGCCUUUGCUGUUUAUUAUGUAUUAUGUCGGAUUGAUACAACAAAUUAUACUGUACGGUUCAGGCUUAAACUGGGUAACUUAUCGCAGAUGUAUUUAUUGUUCAAAGUUGUGUUACACAUGGUAGUUAUACCGCUGUAUACAUUCUCUGGUUCAUUUAGGAGUGCCUGGAAAACUGUUACAACAAGGUACAAUGGUGAAGUUAUUGCAUCGUUUAAGGACAUGUCACAGAUUGAUUCAAUUAGGGCCCAGAUAGUCUUCAACUACAUGUGGAAGGACAAGGUUAAAUUUGUAUUAAGGGCCUUUGCCAUGGUAAUAUUCACGGUGUUGCUACUAACGCUCAAUCACCACUGGUACAGGCUGCUCAGUCUUUUUGUAAUGUCAAUAUGGUUCACAGUGAUGUGCUUCGUUUGCACUGUGCAAUUCAUUUUUUUCCCGGACUCUGCACGUCUGGGUGAGCCUGAAGGUAGUCAACAGCCUGCAACCCACAAGGCAGUGGCUAACAUAGUGGUCAUCCAUACCAUAGGGAUUAUCACUGGAUGGUCUUUAGGCAACUACCUCGCCGUUCUUGACUGGCGUGAACCAUAUAUGUUUUUCCCAACGUGUAACAUAAUAGGGCUCUGCAUAGGUCACGUUGUAUCAAGUAUCAUAGUAGCCUUGUCAAUAUGGCCAUAGACAACUGUUAAUCAUCGCAAUUUGUACUAGAGAAC